AUGGAGCGCAAACGCAGUCUGUUGUGGAAUUUUUUUAGUCAUAUUCCAAAUAACCCAGAUGCGGUUAAGUGUGAUCUAUGCUUGUCGACAUAUUCCACGAAAGGCGGUUCGUCGACAAAUUUGAAAAAACAUCUGAUGACAAGGCACCGCCCGUCGUAUGAUAAUUUAUUUUCUUCUCCUCGUCCAAUAACAACAGUAGCACCAACAGAACAACCUUCAGAACCUAGUGUUUCAACAUCAACACAGCCUUCCACAAGCCAAAACCAUUGUUUAAGUGAAAAUGUUGAGGAGGUUGUUAUAGAGUCUUCGUCUACGAGUAUAUCUACUUUAUCACUUCCAGGAAAAAGACAAACCCACAUUUCGACGUUCAUAAAACAACGUUUUAAUGUAGCGCGUGAGAAGAAAAUCAACGAGCUAAUAAUGAAAAUGGUUGUUAAAGAUCUUCAGCCGCUUUCAGUAGUCGAAGAUUCAGGAUUUAAAGAUUUGGUCAAUUUCUUAGAACCAAACUAUAAAAUGCCGUCAAGAUAUAUGCUAAGCAACUCGCUACUAGAUAUUCAGUUCUCUUUCGUCAAAGAAAGAUUAAACAAUGAGUUGAAAGAGGCUAAGUACAUUGCUUUGACUACUGAUGGCUGGACGUCUCGUGCAGCAAACUCAUACCAGGCAGUGACAGCGCAUUAUAUUUUAAAAGAAAGCUGGGAGUUGCGUUCUGCAUUACUAGGAUGCUUUGAAUGCCAAGAACGCCAUACAGCAGAGUAUUUAAAAAAUACAAUUCGAAGGGUAACAGACUCAUUCGAUAUAAAUGAGAAAAUUUUUGUUUGCGUAACUGAUAACGCAGCAAACAUGAAGGCGGCUGUGCGUUUAGGAGGAUGGGAGCAUUUUCCUUGUGUGGCUCACACUCUCAAUCUAAUGGUACGCACUGGAUUGACUGUGGUUAGAGAUAUUUUAAAAAAAAUUAAGGCUAUUGUGGAGCAUUUCCAUAGAAGCUCUGUAGCGACUAAAAAAUUAGUUGAAAUUCAAGAGCAAUUAAGGCCUGGUCAAAAGCCACUAAAAAUGAUUUUAGAUGUGGUAACGCGUUGGAACAGCACGUUAGACAUGAUAGAGAGAAUUAAUAUCCUACAAGAACCUCUCGGAGCUGCAAUUGGGCUACUCCACAAUCCAGUGCCCAAUCUUACGGAGGAAGAAUGGAUUUUGCUUCCAGAAUUAAUAAAAAUUUUAAAACCAUUUAAGGAGCUAACGGAAGAAGUUUCGUCGCAGAAAGAAGUUUCAAUUUCAAAAAUUUUGGCGGCAACAAAAAGUGUCAAAAGAAUUUUAAAUGCUUUGGACCAAACAGCAAUGGAAAGUUUGUCAAAGGAUUUGGUAGAAACCUUGAUACGAGAGUAUAACAAACGUUUUCAAAAUUCUUCCUUCCACCCAAUACUUUCCAAAGCUGCACUUUUGGAUCCGAGAUUCAAAAAAGCAUCGUUCGCGUGUGAUUUGUCUUAUGAGUCUGGAGAACAAGCGUUGCAGCUGGAACUGGAACAAAACCCAACAGUCGCCUCCAUAGAAAUAAAUACAGAAGUCAGCUCUGAUCCACCAACAUUUCGCACAGAUGAACCCGAUUCACUUUGGGCCGACUUUGACACAAUGACAGCAGCAUCUUCGUCAAAUAUAGCUGCCAGUGUUGUGUCAAUUCGUCAGUAUAUGGAUGAAAAAAAUAUUAAUAGGAAGGAAAAUCCUCUUCUAUGGUGGAAGAACAGGAAGAUCUUGUAUCCAGAACUGUCAGAUUUGGCACUCAAAUAUUUGUGUAUCCCGGCAUCAUCAGUGCCCUCAGAAAGAAUUUUUUCUAAAUCUGGACAGAUAUUGUCGGAGAAGCGGGCGUCAUUAAAACCCAAGAGGAUGGAAAAGAUUUUAUUUUUAAAUGUUAAUCAGCAUCUUAUGAAUUAA